GCCAAGUACACCUAUGAAUUAUCACAGGUUACGUACAGGAUUUUGCAACAGGGAUCAAUACGUGGAAUGGGGUAAGUAAGUUCCAGUUUCUUAUUGUUUUAUACAGUGACAGUGUAAAGAUGAUAGACCUUCACCUUGGGGCUCCUGUACCAGCCCGUUCCUCACUUCCCCGGAACAAUAAUCCACCGGCUUAGAUAAUCACAACGCGCUCCCCUCGACCUUUUGAGGCAAAGCAAAUCGGGCCGGACGCUCGGCCUGCCUGAUCGGGAGACUUGUUUAUGUUAUUCCCUGCGGUUGCUCUGCUUCCCCGCGAUUAUCGGCCUAUCAUCAUUGCUUCUAUCAAAGCCCAGACCUUUCACAGAUAGCUUUGCUAGAAAGAUAAUGGAAAAUCUUGUGCUGUGACGUUCCUUCGCACUGUUCCUUCCCGAUCAAACGCGACCGGGGUCAAGAGACAUCUAUGAUCAUAUCGCUUUUUACAUGUCGUAAUGUCCUCCUUCAGCCCUAGCUCUUCUCCAGACAUUCUUGGACCACCUGGCGACGUCGACUAUUUAGUCUCAUCCCCCUUUAAACCCUUUUCCGGUCGCCAAAGCUUCAUGUCACCCGCAAAUUUCAAACUCCUUCAAACACCGCGCUCAAGGAAAGGCAGAGGGUCGCGCAUCAGCCUGAGUCCCACAAAAAGCUCACAUGCUAUCCACUUCGACGAUGUUUUGCUUCCUGGUUCUCCGACGAGGAAACUGAAUGGUCGGCAGAUGUCCAUUUCCCCUGACAAGAUCGGGCCCGAUGGGAACGUGAGUCCGUGGAGGAUCCGAGUGACACUAGAGGCAACGCAAGACGAGGAAACGAACCAAGGAAGUCCUUUGCGCAAACGUCCCAGACAUUCCACUAUGACGUCGAAAAUUCCGCUGAAGGAUGAAGCGGACGUUGUGGAGCAGACUCCUAGGAGACGACGAGGUCGCCCGAGGAAGUCAGACAUUUUGAACAAAGGCGAAACCCCAAAUGGGGGCAGUCCUGGUCAUACGCCUGGCCCGGGGGGCGCAAGUGUGCAGAAGAGGAAGCGUGGUAGACCUAAAAAAACUCUUCCGGAACCGGAUAUCGUAGACAACAUCGGCGAGCAGCCGGCAAACGAUCAGACAAACCAGCAGUCUGCUGUCGAGCUUGAGCCAAGCUGGGAUCCUCUAAAUCUGGCUGCGGAUGGUGAAUCCGACGAUGGCUUGCCGGAUGAUCAAGGAUAUGGAGGAUAUGCAAAAUCUUUUGAGGGCGACGGUCAAAUGGAGCAAAUUGAUGAUGUUUCCCAGAAUCAUAGCCCUCGAGUGGAAUACGAGCGUACUUAUGACACGCCGAAUGUCGAUAAUAUGGAUGAUGUUUAUUUGCAGGAUGAUGAUAACAUACAUUCAACACCAUCAAAGAUGCCCUCUCCUUCUCGGGAGAGUCAGGUUAUCUCUCCAGAUAACACCCUGUACGCUGGCCGUACACCUAGGCCUCGCCUAUACCCGACUCCAACGUCCUCAUCAUUAGUAGAUGAGGAAAGGCAGGACCAAAGGUUGCAAAGCUCCGUCUCACAUGAUCGCUUCCGCCGAAGCGGAGCUCAUACUACAAAUGACCCUACAGACGAACACAGAGAAUUCGAUUCUAUAAUGGAAAGUGAAGGGUUUAGCAUGGUCUCACUAGACACAUUACCGUCAGCUAAACAGCAUGGGAUUAGCACUAGCUCCCAAGUGGCAAAGGGCGCUUUGAAACCGUUUUUGGAACGAGAAAACAACGGCGUCUUGAGAAGAAAAUCCUCGACUCGAAACAAAAGCAGCAGAGAAGAUGCUGGUUUAUUUAUGCAGACUGAAUCAUUAAACGAACAAGAGAAGGCUAAUGUGGGCCAUGUGUCUAAUAGGACAUAUUCGCCCCCUACUUCUCCAGCUCUUGCUCCGGUACAAACUUCUACUAGAGGCCAGCGGCGACCAAUUUCAAGAUUUGUGAGGUUGGUUCGUGUGGGCAUUGUACUUGAGAGCGCUCUAAGGCGUCCGCACGACAAAGGAUAUUCGCGGAACCUUCUGUCAAGCCCGGAGAUACGCGAGCCAGAGGAUCAUAUAUCCGAUCUGGAAGCAUCUAGGAAACGUUUGGAGCUGCUUUUUAGCGAGUUCGACUCAGAGAUACAACGCGACUUACAGGCAGCCUUGAAAUUUGGCCAAGAGCUUGCAAUGAGGCGAGUGCAGACCGAAGUUGAGAAAGCAAGGGAACCCCAUGCCCUGGAAACUAUCCCAGAACACGCGUCGGGGGCCUUGAGUGAAGCGAGUGAAUCUCGGACAUCGUCGCCGGAACUUAAUACAGUCAGGGCCUACGAUACACCAGGCACAGAGAUGACGCGCCGGAUGGCAGAAUGGCAACAGGAGAGGGAAGCUAUCAGCCGCGAAAUCCAGAUGGCCAACUCGAGCCAAGUCAUCGUCAUUGACAGUGACGUGAGUGGCCCCUCGAGCCCUGAAGGUAGCAUGGCUUCUGGAUCUGGUGACGAACAUGACUGGGGGACUGAUAUCUAUCGGGGAGAUACGAAUGAGCUACCGGUCCAUAAUCAGUUAGAGAAUGUUGAAGAUAAUAACUCUAACGCAGAGGCAGAGGAAGUGGAGGAAGAUGAUGACGGGUACGAAGACAUUUGGCAACAAGAAGCCAACGUUAGAGGCGAACUUUCCGACCACUCUCCUGUUCCUUAUUAUGAGCAGGAUUAUGGCAAUGAUAGGCAGGAAUCUAGUCCUCAAACAAAUAAUUCGGCAUCUGAUCAGGGUGCUGUCGGUAUCUCCUAUUCCCCAGCAUAUUGGACAAAUGCUCACGACAAGGUGCCGUUUCUGGGCAAGUCGCGAAUCAAGCAGCUGCGAGAACAAAAUGUUGAUAUAUCCACAUUGUUGCGUGCGGAAAAUACCCCUAAACGCUCGCGUUACUACUACGGAAAAAGUAGCCCCUUAAGUUCGGAAAGCGAGCGAGACCCUGAGCAGCUACGGCCUACCGUAGAUUCCCAGAGCGAGGAUGGAAGGGACGACGAGUACGAGGAGGAAGAAGAGCAGGGAGUGGCAGAGAUUGGGGAGGAUCGCUUACCUGAAGAACCUCCGCAGCCAGAGGAUUAUCUAGAGUGGAGCCCCCAGAGAGCCUUUGGCGAUGAAACGUUCCAACUAGAUCCAACCACAAAUUUUGAAAACGCCAGACAGCACCCUAAAAUGUGGUCCGAAGGGAAUGGCGAUGAGAAUCUCUCAGACGCAGUUUCACCUAAACCGCAAACCGCUCAGGAGACAACCGCCAUCACACCCGAACACCCUCAGCCUUCCAGUGUCGGAAAACAAGCAUCAUCCUGGCUUCAAAAGAUUGCUAGUCUUACGCCUGGAUGGUUGAAAGCCCCCAAAAGGAAAUCGGCCGAGCAACUAUCUGUAUAUGAUGAGAAUUCAGAAGACGGCGGUGAGGAGCGACUGCCCAACGUUGCAGAGACCUAUUACGAUGACAAGCUAAACUCAAGAAACGUGGAAGAACAUUAUAUGGAGGAAAUGCCAAGACCGCGUUGGGACCACGAACAACAUGGCUUCUCUAGCCCGCCAAUCGACAAGACACACACGUCGCCAAAUAUAGAAGAAAAGGACGAUAUGUACCAUCAUCCUAUGCCAUUGGCCGUCUCUGGAUAUUUCUCUGACGAUCACUACGUCCUCCUACGUCGCCUUUACCGCCUGGCGAAAAGACAUCCAGAGCGGUUUCCUUACUAUACUGGACCUGGCCGUUCAGACAUCAUUGGGGAUUGGAUAUGGACUUCAGACGGCUUACAUGGGGUUCCCAUCACAGAGCGUCAGUUUGCCAUAAUUGACAGAUUCGUGCAGGAGCUGGCCAAGGCCGACCUACAGGCUGGUGGAACAGGCCAAGUUGGCUGGACGGAAGCCGAUUUGCACAGAAGACUGAUUAGCAUCAUUAUUGGUGAACAGAUUCGGGAAGAGAGGAAAGCACGUUUGCAAGAAGAACAGUUGAGAGGGGCCUUUCCACGAAAAAGGCGUGCGCCUACAAGUUCGUGGUACUGACGACUGCCUAAAGUAGCAAUCAUUUUCCUUUUCUGUCUUUUCUUUUAUUCUUUGAUUCCCUCCCCCGGGCCUAGUGUCCCCUUUUGGCAAAUAUAGGCCCUUGAUUUUGGAGUAAUGGAUUUCAUUCUUGCUUUUUUGGUGUUACUUGGGGAGUACGGUUCGGAACUACACGGGUUGGCGAGCCAAUAGGUGGAUCUUGU